AUGGUAAUCAUAAAUUUGGGUAACAAAUAUAUCACCACAAUAACUCAAGAGCUGGAAGCAUUACCCAUUAAGGCUCAACCAUCAACAAUAAAGGGGUUGGACCUUCAGAUAAAUAAUGAUAUUGAAGCUCCUGAAAUAGUAUUACCUACUGGUGGUCAAGAGAAUGAAAUUAUUCAGGCAUUAGUCAACAGACGAAAUGCAGUAUGUAAAUCAAUCAAUCGUCUCAUCCACAAUGUGAGACAAGAUAACCAGCAACAGGUACCACAAUAUUUUGCAGUAAAAUUAGCUACGCUUACCAAGUUAUGGGAUCAGGCUGAAGGUUUAAAUUUUACUAUUCAGGAACGGCAAGACAACCCUCCUGAUUGCAAUUAUUAUCUAGCACUGGAACAGUUGGUGCAAGAUACAAUGGUGGAAUGGACUAGCGAAGCUGAAGCACUCAUCAAGCAUUUGCAAAUAUCAGAUGCAAAUUAUGAGACGGCAUGGCAAUUACUACAAAGUAGAUAUGAGAAUAAAAGAGUUCUAGUAUCAGCAGUUUUGCAACGUUUGACAGCUCAAAACUCUUUAUAUGACCAUCCAACAGUCCAAGCCAUCCAAAAUAUGAAUGACACAACAAAGGAAAGUCUAUGUGAACUUCAUAAUUUAAAUAUUGAAACAUCAACUUGGGAUCCAAUUUUAGUACACAUACUACUAAAAAAGUUGGAUAAAAAUACACAUUGCAGUUUUGAACAAACUCUUACUAACCCAAGGGAGAUGCCCACAAUAAAACAAUUCUUAGAAUUUUUAGAAUUGAAAUUUCAGUCAUUUGAGGCUAUAGGUCUACGAGACAAUGCAGUAUAUAAACCCAACAAAAGGAUAGCCGUAACUAUGGUUUGUUCAGAUCUAUGUAAAGUUUGUAAUACAGAUAAACAUCCGAUCUACUAUUGCAAAAAAUUCAUUGAAAUGACUCCUCCUGAACGAUUAAAUUGGAUUCAACGACAAAAACUAUAUGUGAAUUGUUUCAAAUCCGAUCAUAAAGCAAAGGUUUGUGAAGCUGGAUCAUGUAAAAAAUGUGCCAAGAAGCAUAACACUUUGCUUCAUUUAGAGCAACAGUCACCUAAAACUUCAAGGGCACCAGCAACAAACACAAAGUCAACCACAACAUUGAUCAACGCUAAUGAAUCGCCAUCCAUAACAGCAACAACUAAUGCAAAGGGUACUCGUAAUUACGUUCUGCUAGCCACAGCAAAGGUGCGCAUUAUUGCAAACAAUGGACGAACGUGUGAUGUUCGUGCCAUACUCGACUCAGGUUCUCAAGUGAACCUAGUAACCCAAAGAGUAAUCAACAAGUUAUCUUUAAUUACCACAAAUUCAAAUCUAUCGAUCGAAGGUAUUGGCCGUCAAUUCGGGAACUCAAAAUCUCGCGUAAAUGUUGAACUGCAGGCUACUAAUGGAAGCUUCAGGACGAGACUAGAGGCAUUUGUAUUGCCACAAAUAAUAUCAGCACAACCGUCACGAGACCUAGAUAUCUCGGAUUGGCAGAUCCCACAGAAUGUAGAAUUAGCAGACCCCAGCUUUAACAGAUCUGGAAGAAUUGACAUGCUAAUUGGUGCUGAAUUCUAUCAUACUCUACUUCAACCAGAACAAUUGAUAAUAGGAAAAAAUUCGCCACUGUUACAAAAUUCGGUUCUAGGUUGGUUGGUGGUUGGUAAGACUAAAACUACAACAGAUAUUAAACCAACAUGCGCUAUUACUACAGGAGAAGUUGGUGAAAUGUCAGAAAUGAUAGAACGAUUUUGGAAGUUAGAUAACCUUGAGACUGCAGAAAGGGUUUUGACUUUAUCUGAGAAAUGGUGUGAAAAUCACUUUACAAAUCAUGUAAAGACAGGUCACGAUGGUCGUUUCAUUGUACGCUUACCUUUCCGCGAUGAUCCCACAACACUUGGUAGAUCGCGUGAGAUAGCAUUCAAUCGAUUUUGUUCUCUGGAAAGGAAGUUACAAAGGGACCCAAAUUUAUACAAGGAGUACAUAAAGUUCAUGGAUGACUACGAGUCAUUAGGUCACAUGGAAAAAGUUUGCCCGAAAGAUGUCAAAGAAGCACAAUAUUUCAUUCCUCAUCAUUGUGUCUUGAAACCUGACAGCACUACAACCAAAUUGAGAGUUGUCUUUGAUGCAUCAGCAAAAACAUCAAGCGGUUUAGCACUAAACGAUAUUUUGCACAAAGGUCCAACAGUGCAAAGUGAUCUUUUUUCAAUACUGUUGCGUUUUAGAAUACACCGGUUUGUAUUUACGGCUGAUAUUGAGAAAAUGUACCGGCAAAUUCAAGUACAUGAUGAAGAUACAGCACAGCAGCGAUAA